UUGGCAAAUAAAACACAAUCGAUCUGCUCGUCUUGAUAACAAGCGACAUACAUGAGAAAAUGCAUCUUCUGUCAUUUGGCUGAACUGACCCUUUAACUGUGAACGUAACUGCUGUAAGACUUUAGAAAAAGGUAUGUCUGGACAUGAAAUAAUGGAAUAUUAUCAAUGUUGCUAUGUUUUUAAAUCCAGGUUGAUGCGUGAUGUAAAUCUAGUCUUCACAGCACCGUAUGAAUACCUGGUUAUAAAGUGUGACAUUGUCUUUCACUUCCGUCGAUGGAUAAUAUCUGGUAUGUGGAAUCUGGUCGCCCAUUCAAAUUGGGAAGGUGUGGGGACCAGUGAGUAGAACAACACAAUGGAAAGCAUACCCAGGCAUUCACCGCCUGUGGUUGGAGCCUGUGCCUCUGGAGGAACUCCCCUCAUCCAAUCAGCACAGGGCAAUGCAUGAGUCACUUCCUUGUGUUUACUCCCUUAUUUGGCAGGAAGGGGAUGUGCUUUUUGACUAGGGAGGAAAAUGGUGGAAAAGGAAGUCAGACGGCUACAGUAGAGAGUGAUUCCAACUGUUUAUCUCUGCCUCCAGACUUACUUUGAGUCUAACAUUAUUGUGGCAGAGGGAAAGCAGCAGUGAUGGCUGAUGCAGAAAAGAUCAAGAGAACUGCAGCCAAGGUGCUGUGCUGCGUGGAGAAGGUGUCCUCCUUCGCCUCCUCCAUCGACCCCAUCUUUGGCAUCGUCGCCUCCCUGGUUAGGGUGGCUCGCAAGGGCCUUGUUGAUGAGGAGGGCCACCCUCUAGACAAGGAGUUCCAGCCGCUCCACAGCAAACUGGAGACCAUCUCCGAAAAGAACCACCAAUGCCUGAGGCGGAUCCGCAUCGACGAGGUGAACGAAACCUAUGGCAAGUACGAGGAGUACAUUAAGCACCAGUACACUGCCUUCAACAACAUGGUGGCGAAGGUGAAGAAAGACCCAGACAACGCCCGGCGCCACAUGGAGGCCUUCGAGAAGAUUUACGAGAGAGACAAGAGCGACAUGAGCCUGGAUGUGUACUACCGCGGUGUGAUGGGCGCCAAGCUGCUGUUCGGAAGACCCCUGCUCAAGGUGUACCUGGACAACUGCGGCGGCGACCGCGAGGUCAUGGAGCGCCGCUGUUCACACAUCAUCCACCUGUUCCACAUGGGCCUCAUCGCCCUCAUGGCCUACACAGCUGUUACGGAGGACGACGAAGACGAGGUGCGGGACAAGUGGGCCAAGAGGGUGCAGGACAUGCAGGAGAAGAUGCAAGAUGUGCUCAGUCAGUGCAAAGACCACUCGUCCUGAACACGGGCCAUCCGAGAAGACACUGUCGACUCUCGGCUGUGGACGAAUACAAAAAGACCAAAUAUGUUAUAAUAUAUAUCGUAAAUAAAUUAAAGGAUAGGCUUUCAUUAUUAUUCCUAUUGCAGCAUUUUAGUUAUUGCAUUGACAUUGUGUAUCAUUUUUUGUUUGAAAGAGACCACUGUAUGUGUCACUUGCUUGUGUUACUUGCCAAAUAUAUCAUUUAUGCUGGAGUGUUAUACAAUCUCUUCAAUUAAAAUGCAUAUUAUGAGUCGAUAAAGGUGUAUAUUUGUGAAAUCCAUUUCAUCCACACUAAAAGCAAAUGUCUAUAUUUUAAAAAGCCUUUAUAUCCCUACACCACCGGCUUCCCCUUCUUCCAUAAAUAACAUUAUGUUAAAUAUAUGCAUGUUAAACCUAGCGACUCAUAAAAACGACUUGAUUCCAUUCCUUACCUUUAAUGUUUGAUAUUACGUGAUAGAUGCCUGUAAACAGGUACUACGGUAGUUAUGUUUAUAUUUAUAUGUAAUAUUUAAAUUAAAUAGGGGGUAGAAAAAUACAGAUUAUUUCCCUUUUAGGCCUAAAGUAAGUGAACCAGCAACUAGCUGGAGCUUAAUAUUUAACUGUUAACUGGUGUCAAUAAAGUGGAAGAAUAGAAACUC